CAGCCAGCAUGACCAACUUUCAAGGUCUCCUCUCAUAUAGGUAGCUAAUUUGGUUUACACUAGGACGACGCACAGCCAUGUCUCUCACCAACGCAAGUCCCGCCGAUGCGGCUCGGGCGGCCAAGUCGGCCUCCCACGUGCUGGCCACGCUCUCGGCCGAGGCCCGCAACGACGCCCUGACGGCCAUCCACGCCGGCCUCACUGCCGCGCGCGACGAAAUUCUGGCCGCCAACGCCCGCGACCUUGAGCUGGCCCGCCAAGCCGCUGCCGACGGCAAGCUGAGCGCCAGCCUGGUGUCCCGCCUCGACCUGGGCAAGACGGGCAAGUGGGAGGACAUGCUCAAGGGCAUCUUGGACGUGCGCGACCUGGAGGACCCCGUCGGGCGCGUCACCCUUCGUACCAAGCUGGACGACGGCCUCGAGCUGGAGCGCGUCACCUGCCCGAUCGGCGUGCUGCUCAUCAUCUUUGAGGCUCGUCCGGAGGUGAUCGCCAACAUUGCCGCGCUGGCCGUCAAGUCCGGCAACGCGGCCAUCCUCAAGGGCGGCAAGGAGUCGACCGAGUCGUUUGUGGCCAUCAGUACCGCCAUCUCCAAUGCGCUCUCGCAAACCCAGGUACCCAACGACGCCAUCCAGCUCGUUACCACGCGCGAGUCCAUCCCCCAGCUGCUCGCCCUCGACCGCGACAUUGACCUCGUCAUCCCCCGCGGAUCCAACGAGCUGGUCCGGUACAUCAAGGAGAACACCAAGAUCCCCGUCCUCGGCCACGCUGAUGGUCUCUGUUCCAUCUAUCUGACCGCUUCUGCCGACGCCAAGCUGGCCGCUGACGUCGUCGUUGACGCCAAGACCAGCUACCCGGCCGCCUGCAAUAGCGUCGAGACCCUACUUGUCCAAGAAUCCGCUCUCACCACCGUCUUCCCCGCCGUCGCCUCCGCCCUGGCCGCCAAGGGCGUUGAGCUGCGAUGCGACGCCGCCUCCAAGGCCGCCCUUUUCCCCGAGAUCACCAACAUCAAAGACGCCACUCCCGAGGAUUACAAUACCGAAUUCCUCUCCCUCACCCUCGCAGUCAAGACCGUCCCCGACCUGUCAGCAGCCAUCGCCCACAUCAAUACGCACGGCUCGCAUCACACCGAAGCGAUCUUGACCGCGGACCAGGCCGAGGCCGAGCGCUUCAUGUCGGCCGUGGACGCCUCGGGCGCGUACUGGAACGCGUCGACCCGGUUCGCGGACGGUAUGCGCUACGGCUUUGGUACUGAAGUCGGUAUUAGCACUAACAAGAUCCACUCACGCGGUCCUGUGGGCUUGGAGGGGUUAAUGAUUUACAAGUACAAGAUUAGGGGGCAGGGACAUGUCAGUGCGGUUUAUGGAGAGGGAGAGGGGAAAAAGAGGUUUAAGCAUGAGAGGUUGGCGGUUUAAAGUUGGGUCGAACGCGCGGCAAUGGCUUG